AUGAGGAAUAAGGGGCCAUGGCACUGAUAGGGUUCCAUCUCCUACCGCUGGUCUUGUGGGCUGGCAUUGGGGUAAAGUUCCACGUUGGGGAUGAGCAGAUGAAGCCAGCCCGGACACCACUGAUCCCUCAUCGGCCUUUUGUCGUAGUUUGGAAUGCUCCAACUGAGUCAUGCCGCUUUCGGUUUAAGGUAGACCUGGACCUCAGCAUUUUCGACAUUGUAGCAAACCUCAAUGAAACAUUAAGUGGACCAAAUGUCACCAUAUUCUACCACAGCCAUCUGGGAUAUUACCCAUACUAUUCCAACUCUGGCAUCCCUGUCAAUGGUGGCUUGCCACAAAACCAGAGCAUUUCCAAACAUCUGAGCAAGGCCAGGGCUGAUAUUGACAAGCUAAUUCCCCAUAAAGACUUUCGAGGCCUAGGCGUCAUUGACUGGGAGAACUGGAGGCCUCAAUGGGUCCGAAACUGGGGAUCCAAGGAUAUUUACCGCAACAAGUCCAAGGAACAGAUCCGAAAACUCCACCCAAACUGGCCAGAAAGCAAAGUAGAAAAGGAAGCAAAGGAAAGCUUUGAGAGAGCUGGGCAAACUUUCAUGAACCUAACCCUGGCACUGGCUGAAGGUCGCAGGCCAGAUGGGCUGUGGGGGUUUUAUCUGUUCCCAGAUUGCUACAACUAUGGCUACAAGCAGCAUCCACAACGCUACACAGGGGAAUGCCCCAAUGUUGAGCAUGUUCGCAAUGACCAUCUGAUGUGGCUCUGGAAGGAGAGUACAGCCCUCUAUCCAUCCAUCUACCUGGACUAUGAGCUAAAGUCUUCCUCCAACACUGUCAAAUUUGUCCACUAUCGUGUGAAGGAAGCCAUGAGGAUUGCCUCCAUUGCUCGUCCAGACUUCACAUUACCAGUAUUUGUCUACUCCAGACCUUUCUAUGCCUAUACCUUUGUAGUUCUCGCAGAGAGUGACCUGGUUCACACCAUUGGAGAGAGUGCUGCCUUAGGAGCAUCAGGUGUUGUUCUCUGGGGUUCAUCAGAGUAUGCUCGAUCACAGAGGAACUGCCUGACAGUGAAGAAAUACAUUGAUGGUCCUCUGGGACAUUAUGUCAUCAAUGUCACGUCAGCUGCUAAGCUGUGCAGCAAAGCACUGUGCAAGAAGAAUGGUAGAUGUGUUCGCAAGAGCCUGGACUCAGGAGCUUACUUGCACCUCAACCCACGCUUCUUCCACAUCCACCGCAACCCAACACCUAGGGGCCCCCGCUUCCACGUCAGUGGUCACCUCAACAAUCAUGAUAUCCUGGACAUGAAGCACAAAUUCACCUGCCAGUGCUACCUAGGCUGGACAGGUGUUUACUGCGAGAUGCCUCAGGCUCUGACCCCGCCCCCUCUCAAACCCCAGCCUGCUGUCCCGCUCCCUCUUCCUUGGGGGAACAGAAUACUAGGAGAUGUCCUGUUCCUCCUAUCCCUCCAUUUUUCCUGCCUGUGCAUCAUCAUGUUCUUGGGACUCUGUCUGUUUAUCAAGUGCCUCAUACUGUAAACAGCUGCUAAAGAGUCUCAGUCAGACUGCAUUGAGCUGCAGUUCCUCCAAUUUCCACUAGUUUGAAAAAUCUGUAUUGAAAUAAAUAGGAAAACUGCUGAUGUCUCAAUGCAAAAACAUAAGUCCUUAUUUUAAUGACUUUGUGACUAUUUUGAAAAUGAUUUUUAAUUUAAUUAAUAUAAGUAUCAAGCUACCCUGCUGGCUUGAAUCUGCACUGUACAAAAUGGCGACAAAAUAAAUAAAUAAAUAAACAAGUAAAUAAAUAAUUCUGUGAAAAAACAAGGAAAUAAAUGUGUAAA